UUGGGACUUGGGUAUACUCGAAAUGGUUGCACUUCAUUUGUUUUUCCCUGUAUUUUUCCGGCGUUCACAAACUCACUUAUUUUCUUACAAUGGAUUUGGAGUUCCAAAUUCUCGUAACUUGACAUUAAAUUCCUCAGUAUGUGGAAAAUAUCAUUAUGUCAAGAAGAAGAGAAAAUUGAAAGAAGAGAGACGAACUAGACUUGAAGCCCGUUUAGAGAAAAUGGAUCCUGAAGACAGACCAACUGGCUGUUUACUUUGCCCAAAACAUGGAGAUAUCACUAUUGACUACAAAAAUGUGAGAUUAUUGUCCCAAUUUGUAUCCUCGCACACUGGUCGUAUAUACAGCAAAGAAGCCACAGGUCUUUGUCAAUUUAAACAAAACGAAAUAAAGAAAGCUAUCCAUCGUGCUAGAUCAUUAGGUUAUAUGCCAUACACAAUGAAGUACUUGGCCUUUCAUCAAGAUCCAAAAUUAUUUUGAUUCAUCACUUUCCUUGUUCUUGUAAAACAUAAU